AUGUCAAAACCAUCAGCUUCUGCACUACCUGUCUUCAAUGCAGAAGCCACUCCCAUCAGUCGACAACGCAGCCCAGCACGAGCUCCGGGUUCGUCCUCGAUAACCUCCGUCUACUCUCUGCUCGGUCCUCAGGACACUGCGGACCGCCUACAGACGUCCCUCACCCAAGGCCUGUUACAAAGCGAGGCGCAUGCGAGACUCGGAAAAGAUGGGCCGAAUGAGCUGCCACACGAAGAGGAGGAACCUUUAUGGCUGAGAUUUUUGAAACAGUUCAAGGAGACCUUGAUCCUUCUCUUACUCGGUUCGGCUGCCAUUUCACUCUUCAUUGGUAACAAGGACGACGCUGUCAGCAUUGCGCUCGCAGUCACCAUCGUUGUCACCGUCGGGUUUGUGCAAGAAUACCGGUCAGAGAAGUCUCUGGAGGCGUUGAAUCGAUUGGUGCCGCACUAUGCCCAUGUGAGACGUACUGCGACCCCUUCUGGAGCACCGCUGGGGAGUGACGCUGAAGAAGGGGACAUCGAACUGGAACCGUUGGCGAACGGAACACCCAAAGCCACAAAGACAAUACCUGCUUCCCAGCUUGUCGUUGGUGAUCUAGUUCUGUUUCAUACUGGCGAUCGAAUACCUGCUGAUAUCCGAAUCACCUUUUCCUCAGAUCUCACCAUCGACGAAGCCAAUUUGACCGGCGAAAAUGAGCCUGUCGAGAAGCACGCAGCUGCGCUUGAGAGGCUGGCUCCAGUGUUUCAGCACCAUGGUACACCGGAGCCUUUCAAUGCAGCUGGUACUGUGGGGGCGGAUGUUCGCUUGAACGAGCAGCACAACAUCGCCUUCAUGGGCACCUUGGUCCGGUCCGGGUAUGGUGAAGGCAUAGUCAUUGCGACCGGUGGAUCAACUGAGUUUGGGACAAUUUCCUUGUCAUUGCAGGAGAUCGAAGCCCCUCGAACACCACUUCAACAUUCAAUGGAUCUUCUCGGAAAGCAGCUGAGCUAUAUGUCAUUUGUGGUCAUUGGAAUAAUUAUGGUCAUUGGACUGCUUCAGGGGAAGAAGCCGCUGGAUCUGUUUACGAUCGGUGUGUCUUUAGCUGUAGCUGCCAUACCGGAAGGUCUUCCUAUUAUCGUCACGGUGACAUUGGCCCUAGGAGUGUUGCGCAUGGCCAAGAGGGGGGCCAUUGUACGAAAGUUGCCGAGUGUUGAGACUCUCGGUUCAGUGAAUGUUGUCUGCAGCGACAAGACUGGCACAUUGACACUAAACCACAUGACUGUGACCAAGCUAUGGCAUUUUGACGCUUCUCAACCUUUCGCGGUGGACACCUCGGUGCAGCCCUCUGCGGCUAUCAGGGCGGUUCUUCGAAUAGGCAAUAUUGCUAACCAUGGGCGCUUGUCUCAUAACAACCCAGGAACUCCAGCAUCGGCCGCGGUACUGUCUUCCACCAGAGACCUAUCAGCCACAAACACCAAAAGCAGAUGGCUUGGUCAACCCACGGACAUUGCUAUGCUCGACCUAUUGGAUACAUUUGGGGAGGAUGAUAUCCGUGACCAGAUAGGUCAGAGAACGAGUGAAACGCCCUUCAGUUCGGAACGCAAAUGGAUGGGUGUUGUCAUCGCCAGUGCGCUUGACGAGCUGACCAACGGUGUUGGAGGCGGAAAUGAGACGGCAUUCAUAAAAGGGUCCCUCGAGCAAGUCCUCAGUCGUUCAGACACUUACUUGACAAAGGAUGGGCAAGAAGUAAUUCUUGACGAGAACCGUCGACGCAUGGCCACCGAAGCUGCCCGGGCCAUGGCCGAAGAAGGGCUCCGCGUCAUUGCAUUUGCGAGUGGCGCCAUCAGAAGCAAAGCCCGACACAGCAGUCGAAGUUCGACGCCUGCCGGAUUUGAAAAGAAAUCGGCUGGGGGAGAUGUCUUUAAUGGGCUGUGUUUUGCUGGCUUGGUGGGCAUGAACGAUCCGCCGCGGAAAGACGUCCACAGGUCAAUCCGGAGGCUGAUGAAUGGCGGCGUCAAAGUCAUCAUGAUCACUGGUGAUGCUGAAACUACUGCUGUCGCGAUCGGCAAAAAGUUGGGCAUGCCCCUCAACCCGUCAUCAUCAGCUCUUUCUUCAGUAUUACGAGGCGAUGAGCUCGAUCGUAUGACAGAACAAGAGCUAUCAGAGGCGAUCGGCAAGACCACCAUCUUUGCGCGAACCAGCCCAGACCAUAAAAUGAAGAUCAUUCGAGCACUUCAAGCACGCGGCGAUGUGGUUGCAAUGACCGGGGACGGAGUCAACGACGCUCCCGCGUUGAAGAAAGCGGACAUUGGCAUUGCAAUGGGCAUGUUGGGAACUGACGUGGCGAAAGAGGCUGCGGAUAUGAUUCUGACCGACGACGACUUUUCGACCAUCCUCCGGGCCAUCGAACAGGGCAAGGGCAUUUUCUUUAACAUCCAGAACUUUAUUACUUUCCAAUUGAGCACGAGUGUGGCUGCGUUGACUCUGGUUUUAUUGAGCACGAUGUUCGGCUUCAAGAAUCCCCUCAACGCGAUGCAGAUCCUCUGGAUUAAUAUCUUGAUGGAUGGUCCUCCUGCUCAAUCUCUUGGAGUUGAGCCAGUGGAUCCUCGUGUGAUGAACCAGCCACCUCGAGCUCGAAACGCGAACGUCCUGACCAAGCGCCUGAUCCGCCGUGUCCUGACCCAAGCCCUCAUCAUUAUGCUUGGUACCAUCAGCAUCUAUAUCCGUGAGAUGGUCGACAUCGACGAUCCCAAUACAACAGAUAGCUCUGGUACACCGCUCCACCACCGAGUGGUGACCAAACGCGAUACCACCAUGACCUUUACGACGUUUGUGCUUUUCGACAUGUUUAAUGCCCUCACGUGUCGCUCGGAGACCAAGUCAGUUUUGUUUGGUGAGAUCAAGGUGUUUGGAAAUAAAAUGUUCAACUAUGCCGUUGCAGGCAGUCUUGCAGGGCAGCUCUGUGUUAUUUAUCUCCCGUUCCUGCAGCGGGUGUUCCAGACCGAGGCUUUGGGGUUGUCGGACCUCAUAUGGCUGGUGUGUAUAACAAGUACUGUUUUCUGGGCCGACGAGCUACGGAAGUGGACCGAAAAGAGACGAGCUUCAGGGUUGGCGCCGAGUGUUGGUUACUCGGCGAGUGUAUAG